AUGGCAAAUCAAAACAACAUGACAGAAUUCAUUUUUUUGGGUCUUUCAGAGAACCCAAAGCUGAGGAAAAUGCUCUCUGCUGUAUUUCUAAUCAUGUAUGUGUUCAUUGUUUUGGGAAACCUUCUCAUUGUGGUAACCAUGAUCACAAGUCAGAAUCUGAGAUCACCUAUGUAUUUUUUCCUUACUUCUUUGUCCCUGUUGGAUGUCACCUACUCUUCUGUCAUCACUCAUAAGAUGAUCAUAGACUCCCUCUCUGAGAGCACUGCCAUAUCCCUCGAAGGCUGCAUGGCCCACCUCUUUGUAGAGCAUUUCUUUGGUGGUGUGGGGAUCAUCCUUCUCAUUGUCAUGGCCUAUGAUCGCUAUGUGGCCAUCUGUAAGCCUCUGCACUACAUGAUCAUCAUGAGACCUUGGGUGUGCCACCUGUUGCUGGGAGGGGCCUGGGUGGGGGGAUUUAUCCAUGCAGUAAUACAGCUUCUUUUCAUGUAUCAAAUACCCUUCUGUGGCCGCAAUAUCAUAGAUCAUUUUAUUUGUGAUUUGUUUCUAUUGUUGGAACUGGCCUGCAUGGACACCCACAAUCUGGGCCUCUUAGUCAUCCUCAACAGUGGGGUGAUGUGUAUGACCAUCUUCCUUAUCCUUAUGGCCUCCUAUGUGGUCAUCCUCUGCUCCCUGAAGUCUUGCAGCUCUGAAGGACGGUGCAAAGCUCUCUCCACCUGUGGCUCCCACCUCACAGUUGUUGUCUUUGUGCCCUGCAUUUUCUUGUACAUGAGGCCUAUAGACACUUACUCUAUACACAAGGCAAUGACUGUGUCUGAUUCCAUCAUCACACCCAUGUUAAAUCCAUUGAUCUACACCCUGAGGAGCACAGAGGUAAAAAACACCAUGAGGGAACUGUGGAUGAAACAAGGCACUUUGGUUGGCAAGUGA